GGGGCGGGGUAACAGCGGCACAGGCCUCUCCUGAUCUCCCUGGUUGGUUACUGGAGGAGCCGCUGCAUUCGUUCAAUCUCAUAGGAGGCGGGAAGCAGGAAGAGAAACACCGGUCUGCAGAGACAAGUGGAGAUUAGACCCCUCCCAUCCACGCCUUCUUAAAUUUAGAGGCUGCUGCAGUUCAACCUGUUUUACCUGUCACUUCCUUCUACCUGCGUGACUGACUGCACUGGGAGCUCACCGUCUUCUUCUCUUCAAGCAGACCAGCACAACGUGGAAGUAUGGCAUCUGGCCAGGGAAAUGGAUCAGACUCUUCUAAUGGUGGCAAAUCAAGGAAAGUGGCCCUUGUCACUGGCAUUACAGGCCAGGAUGGCUCUUAUUUGGCUGAACUCCUCUUGGCAAAGGGCUACGAGGUGCAUGGCAUUGUGCGUCGAUCAAGCUCUUUCAACACAGGGAGGAUUGAGCAUCUAUACAAGAAUCCACAAGCUCAUAUAGAAGGAAACAUGAAACUACACUAUGGGGAUCUCACAGACAGCACCUGUCUUGUGAAAAUAAUUAAUGCCGUGAAACCUAGUGAAAUCUAUAACUUGGGAGCGCAGAGUCAUGUAAAGAUCUCCUUUGACCUGGCAGAGUACACGGCAGAUGUUGAUGGUGUCGGUACCUUACGUCUUCUUGAUGCAGUGAAAACCUGUGGCCUUUUGGAAUCGGUGAAGUUUUAUCAAGCUUCAACCAGUGAACUGUAUGGAAAAGUGCAGGAAAUCCCACAAAAAGAAACAACCCCAUUUUACCCUCGAUCUCCUUAUGGAGCAGCCAAACUCUAUGCUUACUGGAUUGUAGUGAACUUCAGGGAAGCCUACAACCUGUUUGCCGUCAAUGGCAUUCUCUUCAACCAUGAAAGUCCACGAAGAGGGGCAAAUUUUGUAACCCGAAAAAUUAGCCGUUCAGUAGCUAAGAUUCACCUCGGACAGAUGGAGUCUUUCAGCCUUGGAAAUCUGGAUGCCAAGAGAGAUUGGGGUCAUGCCAAGGACUACGUUGAGGCUAUGUGGUUGAUGCUGCAAACAGAUGAGCCUGAAGACUUUGUGAUAUCUACUGGGGAGGUCCACAGCGUUCGUGAGUUUGUGGAGAAAGCUUUCAUGCAUAUCGGGAAAACCAUUGUGUGGGAAGGCAAGGACGAAAAUGAAGUGGGCCGAUGCAGUGAGACUGGACAAAUCCAUGUGAAAGUUGAUCACAAGUACUAUAGACCAACUGAAGUAGAAUUCCUCCAAGGAGACUGCAGCAAAGCAAAACAGAAGCUGGGCUGGGCACCUAAGGUCUCAUUCGAAGAAUUGGUAAAGGAGAUGGUAGAGGCAGAUAUUCUUCUGAUGCAGACCAAUCCCAAUGCCUAAUUAUGAAGACACCGAACCACAGCCAAUUGGAGCCUGCAAAUAAGCCAGGGCAACAUCCAAUCACUCCCCAUCUAUAAAUAUUAAAAAUUAUACAUAUUUCCUUACUUGUUUCCUGGUGUACGUCAUGGGUACACAAUGUUUGCAGAGAAAUGUCCUUUUUGUGGGAAAUUUGUGCAAUUAUUGGUUCUUUUGGUAAUGUUGACUUUCUUAGGCAAUCCAUUCUCUGUGAUGUAUAUUUUUCUGAAAUGGUUGUGUUGUACUCAAUGAAAGAAAGAAACAUGAUUAUUUUCUACUUUCCAAUUCUACCUUUCUUAAUAAAUUGCAUUUCUAAAAAAGAAAAAAAGA